AAAACACAUUCUCUUUCUCUCUCUCUCUCUCUCACACACGAACAGUUAUUUAGAGAAUCAGAAGAUCCUUUUUAACCUCAAUUUAGUUGAAUUUUAUGGAUAACCAAAGCAAUGCUCUUCUUGGUUGGCCUUACUACUCUCACGCAAAGACAACAGAAGAAAUAAGACAGUCUCUACUGUACACAACACUAGAGCUGGACCAAACAAAGAUGUUUGCUUAUGAAGAAAUAAGGAAAAGAGACGAGCAAUUGAUCCAUCUCAAAGACAUCUUAACCAAAACCAUCAAAGAAAGAGACGAAGCUCUCGAGAAAUGUCAGCGUCUCAUGUUCGAUAGCCACUCGCUUCAGCAGCAAAAGCAUAUGACUCCUCCUUUAUCUGGAGCUUCAAGCAUUGAAGACGAACAAGUGCAGCCUCAACAACUAAGAUCCAACAAGAGCUUCUCAUCUUCUGAUUGCGAGGAGAGCAUUAUGUCACCAACUGAUCAUAUCAUGAAUCCACCACCAUGUCAGCUUGAAGAAGUCUCAGGAACUGAGAUUAUCAUGGAUCCAUUGUUGCAAGACAAGCCACUGCCUGAGAAGGGUAAGCUUUUACAAGCUGUUAUUAAGGCAGGGCCUUUACUUCAGACACUGCUCUUAGCUGGUCCAUUACCUCAAUGGCGCCAUCCGCCACCGCCUCUCAAGAGCUUCGAGAUCCCUCCGGUCACAGUCCAAUGCCCAAUUGUCAACAAUGGAUGUGGGAAGUUCAACAGGAAAAGAGUAUUCUCAGAUGGAUCCUAUUCAGAAGCUAAGUAUCAGAAAGUUCUUCUCCAAUGACCGGGCAAUGAAAACAUUUCUGGCUACUGAUCUUUUAUCUUACUCAAGUAGUACUAAUAGUCAUCUAAUAUACCAUUACAUACAUAGGUCAAUUCCAGAUUAAUCUCACUUCUAGUGUUCAAGUGAGAGUGAUCUUUUUGUACAUUAGGGCUUUUGGUUAUGCUCCAUUGUGGGUUUAGAUUUAGCGUGAUGAGAAAGUAAGAAAAAAAAAACUCCCCUGGUUUAACUCUUAGCUCAAUGAAGAGUUAAUACUAAGUGAGAGAGUUUGCUAGUUUACUUCUUUCUCUAGUUAUGCUUGCUAUUUUUGUUGUUGUUGUUGUUGGGUUUUGUAUCUCAACCCCAAAAACCCAAUUUUACAUUCAUGUUUUGGCUCCAUGAUUGUGAAACUAAUUUAGGGGUUUCUUUUGUACUCUAUGAUUUUUCCCUCUACUAUCAGUUGGGGAUGAUUAUGUUAAAUCUAAAGCUCAAGACUUUAGCUUCAUUUUCUCUCUCUCUAUGUAUGAUGUUAUGUUCCUGUCUUCAUAAUGUAACUUGUGGGGGUGUGCUUGAUGAUUUGUAACUUUUGAGAUAUUUUAUUUAAAUAUUUUUGUGUUUGGGGG